AGCUCUGCAGGAGAGGCAGGCAGGGAGGGACGGAGGGAGCUGCUCCUCGCUGCUCUCUCCUCCCUUUGAGCUUCCGAGUGCUCUGCUUGUGUGGAGGCCUGAGGCAUGGGGACCAGGCGAUGGACGCUCUCCACCUUCCUGGGAUGCUGCGCAUGGAUUCUGCACGGGCUUGGGGCUGUUGCUGCUGUCCCUGUCACUACCGAUGGGCCCUUUACUGUGGGGACAGCUUUCCCCAUCACAGCAGAGGACGAGUGGCCCCAUACCACACUCACUGCAGAGAUGAGCAUUACAGCAGCUGAUGCUGUGACCUUCCCUCCCUGGACUGAGACAGACCCAGUGACGGUGAUGAGUGAAUACAGCUCUACAGUGCCAGCUUUGGUGAACGUGACCAAGCCUCCUAACACGACUCAGAGUACUGAGGGAAGUUCAGCUGCUCCCACGACAGCCACAGCUGCUGCUGCCAUCACCACGCAGCACCCCGCUGUCACCCCAGAAGCAGAGCAUGAUGAAAUAGACAUCCCUCCUGAUGUCCCUCUGGGGACCACUCCUGUCCUCGAGGAUGUGAAGGAGGACAUCCUUGCAAACAGAGAAGACACAGACCUCAGUACUGGCAACGCCACCCCUCCACUGGCAGUCACCUGGGUGCCACAGCCAACUGCUGGUGUCACUGUGCUGCCGAGCCAAGGGCUGACCACAGCCAAGGGAGCAGUCGAGGAAGGUGUAACCCUGCCUGAAGCUAUUCAAAGUGAAGCCAGUGCCAACUCCUCGGGCCCCAGUCCCGACGCCGCUGGGGAGCUGCUUCCAACUCAGCAGGAUGGAGCAGUAGGCGGGGUUGAGGGCAUUAACCCAGAGCCAGCAGGAGAAAUGGCCCCAGCUGGUGAGGAAAGUCCCUUGGCUUCAGAGUCUGGAGAUGCAGGAGAUGGAGUGAAUGGUGAAUUCAGCACAGCCAGCUCAUCCCACCUACCUCCAGAGAGCCUAGUGAUGUCAGGAACAGUGGAAACCCCUGAGAAUUCCUCCCUCCUCCCUGGCCAGGCAGUGCUGAGUCCAGACUCUUCACUGACACCAUCCAACGGUGGGGAUGGGCAGGGUGUUCCUGGAGCGUCAUCAGAGGCUUCUGGUUCAGUCUUGUCACCUGCAGCCAGCAGGGCACCAGUGGCACCUGAGGGAACAGAGAACACUGCCACCUCACUGCCAGCUCCAGAGGUUCCCAGUGAUGCACACAGUGACACGAAUCUCCCAGUCUCAGCCACUGCGCUGCCCGCAGGGGAUGUGGGAGCUGUGGAUCUGGCCAGUCCAUCUCUCCAGCCUGGUACAUUGCAGACCCCCACUGGAGAACAGCCAGUGCUGCUUCCCGAUGCUCUGACAUCCCCCACAGACAUCCCCAGUGCUCCCGGGGCCGCUUACCCAGCCCCAGAAGCUGGAGCCAUCACCCUGCCUGAAGCUGAUGGUGCAGCAGAGACACCAGCAAGUCCUGACCUCACUACUGGCCCAGAAGAACCUGUGUCUCCAUCUCUCAGGGAGCCACAGCCAGCAGGGAUGCCAGCUGGAGCUCCCCAGGAAGCCGAUGGACUUGGCACUGGCUUGAGUUCAGAUUCAGAUGCCCCCAGCCCAGUGCCUUUUGUACCUGAUGGACUGGCAUGGCCCACUGCUGGGAUCCAGGGUCAGGGAGCUGAGGGGAUAGGGGACAUGGCACAGGCAGGAGGUCCAGGGGAUGCCAGUCCCUAUGAAGAUACCCAGAGUGACAUGAGUCCUCCAGCCCUUCAGCCCUCAGCAUCUCCUGCUGAUAAUGGAGAGCUGCUGACUGGAGGAACAGAAGACUUGGCAAAUGCUGAACUUUCCCCUCCACCAGCACUUGGGGAUGGAACAGAAGCAGGAGAAGUCCCAGCACUGGGACAAGUGUCUUCAACUGGUCCUGCACCUCCCAGCAGUGCUGGAAUGGAGCCUGAUCUCUCAGGAUCUGAAGGACCAGGGGACCUGCCUGGUGAAUCUGCCAGUGCUCCUGGGGCUGUUUUCCCACCCCCAGAGUCUGUGGCUGGCCCCGUGUCUGAGGCAGAGACACCAGUGAGCCCUGAUCUCAGUGCUGCCCAGGGAGCACCUGGGUCUCCAUCCUUUGGUGGGUCACAGCCAUGGGGGACAGCAGCUGGUGCUCUCCUGGGAGCAGGCCUCCCUGGAGCCAAAGGACCGGACACUGACUCAACUUCAGCAUGGGAUACCCCCAGCUCAGCAGUUCAUGGACCAGUAGGACCCCAGUCACCUGGCCUUGGGGACCAGCUUGGCACAGAUGUGGGGCUGCCAGCAGCAGAAGGGCAAGGAGCCGGCAUGGCAGAGCCAGCACUGGAAGGAGCAGGCAGUGGGAUUGAGUCUGAGCCAUCCCUGAGCUCCACCACAGGGAAUGGAAUAGCAGCUGGGGUGGAUCGACUGCCUGGCGCUGGUUCCCCAUCCGGUAUCGCCUCUCCCAGUGAUGUGGUGGCAGCACCUUCUGUGUCAAGGGGUGAUGAGGCAGGACCCAUCUCAUCCGCAGCCCCUGGCCCUGACAGUCUGUUCCCGGCCUCUCCAGAUGGUGAAACUCGCCCAGGGCUUGGUCUGGUGCAGGGGACUGAGAGUGCAGGGGAUGUGGCACAGGCAGGAAACCCAGAGAGUGGAAGUCCCCAUAUGGAGACAAAUCCUUCAGCUGUCAGCCCUCAGCAGGACCUCACUAACACCGGAGAGCUGCCAGCAGAAGAAACAGGGGAUAUGGCAAAUGCUGAACUUUCCCCUCCAUCAGCACUUGGGGAUGGAGCAGGAACAGGAGAAGUCCCAGCACUGGGACAAGUGUCUUCAACUGGUCCUGCACCUCCCAGCAGUGCUGGAAUGGAGCCUGAUCUCUCAGGAUCUGAAGGACCAGGGGACCUGCCUGGUGAAUCUGCCAGUGCUCCUGGGGCUGUUUUCCCACCCCCAGAGUCUGUGGCUGGCCCCGUGUCUGAGGCAGAGACACCAGUGAGCCCUGAUCUCAGUGCUGCCCAGGGAGCACCUGGGUCUCCAUCCUUUGGUGGGUCACAGCCAUGGGGGACAGCAGCUGGUGCUCUCCUGGGAGCAGGCCUCCCUGGAGCCAAAGGACCGGACACUGACUCAACUUCAGCAUGGGAUACCCCCAGCUCAGCAGUUCAUGGACCAGUAGGACCCCAGUCACCUGGCCUUGGGGACCAGCUUGGCACAGAUGUGGGGCUGCCAGCAGCAGAAGGGCAAGGAGCCGGCAUGGCAGAGCCAGCACUGGAAGGAGCAGGCAGUGGGAUUGAGUCUGAGCCAUCCCUGAGCUCCACCACAGGGAAUGGAAUAGCAGCUGAGGUGGAUCGACUGCCUGGCGCUGGUUCCCCAUCCGGUAUCGCCUCUCCCAGUGAUGUGGUGGCAGCACCUUCUGUGUCAAGGGGUGAUGAGGCAGGACCCAUCUCAUCCGCAGCCCCUGGCCCUGACAGUCUGUUCCCGGCCUCUCCAGAUGGUGAAACUCGCCCAGGGCUUGGUCUGGUGCAGGGGACUGAGAGUGCAGGGGAUGUGGCACAGGCAGGAAACCCAGAGAGUGGAAGUCCCCAUAUAGAGACAAAUCCUUCAGCUGUCAGCCCUCAGCAGGAUCAACUGCCUGAUGCAGGUUCCUCAUCUGGUUCAGCCUCUCCCAGUGGUGAUGUUGCAGCACCCUCUCUUUCAGAUCCAUCCAGCCUGGGUGCACUCGAAGGAGCAGGCAGUGUUGCUGAAGGUGCUCAGCCCUCCCUGGGUGCUGGCACUGGCGUCCUUCCUGCUGCAGAAGAAGGGGCAAGUGAAGUGGUUGGUGGUGGAGGGUCUGCAGGGCAGUCCCAAGCUCCUACCGGAAUGGGACCAGCUGGUUCAGAAACCCUUGAUGGAGAAACAGGAGAUGCAUUGCAGUCUGCAUCCUCUUCCUCGUCUGCAGAGGGGUCUUCAUUACCUGGGAGGACAGGUGAGGCUGCUGGUGAAACAAGCCUUCCUGGAGCUGCUGGAGCUGGUGGUGACUUGAACACAAGCUUGGAGGCUGCUGGCUCUCAGGAAGCAUCUGUAUCUGCUCCUGGCACCCAAAGUGGUGCCAGUACUGAACUUUCUGAUGGAAAACUGAGCAAAGUCGAUGUGGUGGAGGUGCCUGGAGGAGCCUUGGUGAAUGGGGAACCUUCCCCUGGUGCCAGCCUGGUCCCAGUGGCUCCAGACAACAAUGGCGUUUCCAAUGGCAUGACUACCUCAGUGGCUGCUUCUCUGCUUCUCCCUGGACAUGGGCUGAGCUCAGGGCUGGCACCUAAUGGGGACCCCAACUCUGCCCCUGGCACCCAGAGUGGGAGCAGGCCCCUGCUGCCAGUGUCACCAGGUGGGCUGUCAGAAGAAGCUGGAGGUGCUCAGUCGUGGUCUCUUGAAGAUGAGGUGGCCUCAGGCAUGCCGGCACCUUUGGGAGAAGCUUCCCCUCAUGCUCCCAUAUCCCCCAACGCUGCCCCCGUGCUGCCUUCUGCCCCACAGAGAGGAAAUUCUGCAGAGGGGGCGUCUGCCAGCCCUGGGCUUUUGGCACGUGAGUCAAUAGUGGGGUCCCCUGCAGGUGGAGAGGGAGAGCUGGGGGCUGCUGUGCCAGGGGGCCCUGCCUUGGUCCUGCCUCCCCCCCAGCCAGGAAGCCCCGGAGCCCCCUCUGGGGAUGCUGACAGCCCUGUUCCUGGAGAAGCAAGUGCUGUGCUCCAUGGAACGAUGGCAGUGCAAGGGGAUGUAACCCGUCUGCUUCCCAGUGCUGCUGGAUCUGGGGCACAUAUGGAGACUCACUCCCCACCUGGAGGGAGUCCAGGGCUCCCUGGCCUUCCUCCCGCUGGCAUCACUGCUGGCAGUCCCGGAGCAAAAACCCUGGGGCCAGGACCUGCUGGUGGCUCAUCACCCGCUGCCCUGCAGCCAUUCCUGGGCAGGGAGCUGACCACCAGCCUGGCAAACAGAGCCCCUGCCACGUCUGGGUCGAGCCUUUCUGGAGCCUUCCCAGGCCAGGGGGGAUCCCAGGGCGGGUUCCCAGCCACUGCACACCCUGCCACACCCUGCAGCCCGACCCUCGCCGGCCCAGCCCCACCAGCCCCCGUGCCCAGGGGAAGGGAGGUGCUUCCCAGGCCAGGAGCAGCCACUGUCACCUCCCGCGCAUCAUCCCCCGUGGUUCCAGCUCCACCAGGAGGGCCAGCAGCUGUCCCAGCCCUGCUGCCCAGUCCCGCAGUUCCAGCUGUGCCCCUCUAUGGGUAUGGGGCAAGGGAAAAUGAUCAGGAGUACGUGGAAAGGAGAGUGGAUUUUAAUUCUCCGCUUUUCAAGCCUGAGACUGGAUUCCCAUUUGGGAAGACCCUGCGCAGCUCUCUCUAUUUUACAGACAAUGGACAGAUCAUUUUCCCAGCCUCGGACAACAGCGUCCUCACGUACCCCAACCCUCCUCCCAGCGGCUUCAAUGGCCACGAAGAGGUUCCCAUGAUCGCCGUGUUUUGGGACAAUGCUGACUUCUCCAGAGGUGUUGGCACCACGUUUUACCAGGAGUUCUCCACCCUCAACACGGCCAAGCCUCCGUUCGUCCGUGACGUGGAAGCGAAGGUCCGGCGGUACCUGAGGUCCUCCUACUCUGCAGUCUGGACCCUGAAAAUCACCUGGGAGAAGGCACCUGUCUAUGCAGCAAGGACUGACACCCGGAAGACAAUCACAUACCAGGCUGUCCUGACCACCGAUGGCUUCAGGUCGUACAUCCUGAUACUGUACCAGGACGGAGGCAUGCAGUGGGAUUACACCAGUCUCACUUCCACCAAUGUGCUCAUCGGCUACACCAGUGGGGAUGGCUUUUACCACAACGAUGACCUGACUAAGAGACCUCCAGCUGCCAAAUAUCGCCCUGACCAGUUCAGGGGCUACAACACAGACCUCCGUGGAUUGUGGAUUUACAAGCUGGAGAGCCACGUGGGCUACAACUACCGGCUGAAGUGUCUGGCAUGGACGGGGCAGCAGCAGGAGCCCAGGAUAUGGAGCCAGGGCCUGCCCACCUGCCCUUGCUCCCUGCAGCAAGGGCAGCAGGACCCACGCUUCAAGAGCAGCCGUGGAGGCAGGUGGGGUGCCCGUGUCUCCAUGCUGCACUCGGCCUCCCCCAACCAGCAUGGCGCCGGCGUCCGCUGCCUGUAUGACAGCCAGAACCAGCUCAUCGAGGGGCGGCAGGAGAGGUACUGGAGGUUCUUCAGGCAGGCGUCACCCUACCGUGACCAGGAGCUGAAGCUGUACGACUGGUGCUGUAACCGGGCGGGCAGUGCCCAGCUCUGCGCCCACUACAGUGAGAAGAGGCCGAAGAUUGGCUGUGACGGAUACCAGUCCCCCAGCAUGGAUUCCUUGGAGGAGGCAGAGAAUGACUCAGAUGAGCAGAUAGACGGAGAGGACAAGUAACUGGGAGGUUGCACACCCACAGCACGUUCUGGGCCAUGGCUGAUCCUCUAAGUCCUUUGAUCUGCUCUUCUCUCAUGUCCCACCCAGAACCCAUCACCCCUGCCCACUACGCAGGGCAGCUCACUUGGCCAGUGCCUGCAGUUGCCUGCCCUGGCACAAGUUCAUGUUUCUAACCCAGACUUGUCCCAAGGAUUCAGUUGCUUUAGUUGCCCUUUCCCAGCUGCAGCUGAGGGGCAGAACUGUUGGGGAGGUGGGCAAGUACCCCCCACUACACACACCACCCUUGUCCUUCCUACAUCCCACUGUGCUCCCACGCUGCAGGGUGAGGCUGGACCCCGGCACCCAGGGAAAGGGUUUAAACACCACCUGUGGGUUGACUGUGGCCAAGCCCUUAAAUGCCAGGGUGCACCAGGCUCGUCCUGUGAGCCUGUCCUGUCUUGUCCCCCACUUCUGUUUCCCAGCCAUCCCUCCCUGAGUGUUCCCCCAGCCCCUGUGCUCAGGAGAAGGGACAAUCCUCCAGAUCAAGCCAGAAUCAGAUCAGUACGUCUGCUGGGUGUGUGAGGGCAAAAUGCAACCCCAUGAUCAGAAAUGUUGGGAGAAAAAUAAUUUUUUGUGUGUAAGAAAGCAUCUUCCUUUCUUAAAAAAAAUAAAUCAUUGUCAAAUCCUGUUUGUUCAAUAAGA